AUGGGCAACGUUGUUUCAGUCUUCUCCCCGGGCAACGGUUACCGUAUCGAGGGUUCCAGGGAGGAGCUUGAGCAGAAGCUGGCCGACAGAGAGGAGACCAUCACCGUCCUCGAGGAAGACCUCUCCAAGAAGGAGAAGCAGUACACCUCUCUCUCAUCCGAGGCCGAGGACUUGCGCAAAAAGGUUCAAGAGCUCGACGCUCAAUUGACUUUGUCCAAGGACGAGACCAAGGCCCGCAUUGCCACCCUCGAGUCCGAGCUUGCCGCCAGCAACGACAAGGUUGCCCAGCACCUCCAAGCCAACGGUGCCGCCGAAUCCCAGCGCUCUCAGGAGCUUGACGCCGCAAAGAAGCAGCUCGACAAGGUCCAGCAGGAGAAGAAGGCCCUCGAAGAUGAUCUCGCUGCCGUGAAGGAGGAGUUGGCCCAGGCCAAGAAGGACCGUGAGAUCCUCGAGCUCUCGCUGCGCGACGAGAUCAAGUCGCUGCAGGCCCGCCUGACCGACGCUGAUCAGGCCCGCUUCACCCUCCAGGAGACCCUCGACAAGAUCAAGGCCGACGCUGACUCGACGACCAAGUCGCUCGACGAGAAGACCGCGGCGCUGACCGCUCUCGAGGGUAAGCUCGCGACCAUCGAGGGCGAGCACACCAAGCUCAAGACCGCCACCGAGGCCGAGCUUUCCGCCGCAGGAGACAAGCACAACGCUCUCCAGCAGGCCCUCGACAAGCUCCGAGCUGACUCUGAAUCGGAGCUUGCCGCCGCAAAGAAGGAGCUGAGCGAUGCUCAGGACAAGUUUGCUGCUCUCCAGCAGACCCACGACGGCCUCAGGAACGGUUCUGACGCCGCCGUAUCUGCGGCCCAAAAGGACCUGGCCGACGCCAACGAGAAGCUCGGUGCUCUUCAACAGACACUCGAUCAGCGCAAGUCCGAAGCCGACUCGGAACUUGAGGCUGCCAAGAAGGAGCUGGCCGACGUACAAGCCAAGUUUGCGGAGCUCAAGAAGAAACACAGCGAGCUGGAGGCCGGCUCUGAGGAGCAAGUUUCGACAACAAAGAAGGAGCUUGCCGAGGCCCAAGACAAGGUUGCGACCCUGCAGCAGACCAUUGAUGCCCUCAAGUCCGACUCCGCAUCCAAGCUUUCGACGACCCAGAAGGAGCUUGCCGAAACACAAGAGAACCUUGCCGCGCUGCAGCAGAGCAAUGACAAGGCCAAGGCCGAGUCUGAUCAGGAGCUUGCUUCCGCCAAGAAGACCCUCGCCGAGACCGAAGAGAAAUACGCAAAGCUGCAGGCUACCCACGACGCUGAGCUUGAGUCCGCCAAGAAGAAUGUUGCUGAGUGGGAAGAAAAGUACAGCACAUUGGAGCAGACGCUCAAGGCCCAGCAAGAGGCCCAGUCCAGCGCCAGCGCCGAGCUCGAGUCUGCAAAGAAGACACUUGCCGAGUCGGAAGAGAAGUACGCCAAGUCACAGUCAGCUCAAGCUGCCGAGCUUGAGGAGGCGAAGAAGGGCGUUGCCGAUUGGGAGGCCAAGUGUAAGAAGCUUGAGCUGGCCCAGGAAGAGUCGCUGUCCACUUCCAACGCUGAGCUCGAGUCGGCCAAGAAGAGCUUGGCCGAGUCAGAGGAGAAGUACGCCAAGUUGCAGCAGGCUCACGAUGCUGAGCUUGAGACUGCCAAGGCGAGCGUCGCGGACUGGGAAGCCAAAUACAACAAGCUUCAAGAGUCUCAGACAAGCUCAGCUGCCGAGCUCGAAUCGGCAAAGAGGAGCCUGGCCGAGACGGAGGAGAAGUACAAGAAGUUGCUGGAGUCCCAAGAAAAGGCCCAAUCCGAUUCUAACGCCGAGUUGGAAGCUGCGAAGAAGAACCUUGCGGAGUGGGAGGACAAAUUCAAGGCCCUGCAGGAGACGCACGACAAGUCCCAAUCGGACGCUGCAACUGAGGUUGCCUCUGUCAAGCAGAGCCUGGCUGACUCUGAGGCGAAAGCUAAGUCUUUGGAGGAGUCUCACCAGAAGGCCCAGGCCGAUUCCGAGACGGAACACUCGGCCACCAAGAAGAUCUUAUCCGACCUUGAGGAGAAGCACAGUGCCUUGCAGAAGACCCACGAAGAGACGAAGACACAAUCUGUCGAAGAGUCGUCGCGCCUGAGUAAAGAGCUGGAGGCUCUGCAAGCCAAGUUUGCCGACCUCGAGAAGGCCAGUGAGACCGCUCGGAAGGACGCGUCAGCGGAGCUGGAGAGCGCCAAGAAGGACACUGCCACCUGGGAGCAAAAGGCCAAGGAGUCCAGCUCUGCUAGUGACUCCCUCACCAAGGAGCUCGACGCGGCUAAGAAGGAUUUGGCGGCUGCCGAAGAACGCGCGAAGGAGACUCAAGCCAAGCUCGAGGCUGAGCUGCAGAAGCUUCGCGAAGAGCUUGCCAAGCCUGCCGCUGUCAACGGCGACAAGCCCGUUGCCGAGGCUGCCGCAGAGGCCGGACCUAAGGAGACUGUCGCCGCAUGA